UCGCAGAAAUUAUUUUCUCGCGACUUCCUGCAUCCCGUCCAUCUCCCAGACUCUCCCAGCAGAGCUUGGAUUCCCCUCUCCACUCCGUUCUUUUCUCCUCAGAGUCGUCUUUGAUCAGAAAAGCCAAAGAUGUCGACCAAGAAGGAGGAAGUCCGGGUCCUGGGCAUGCCGCCCUUCAUGGCCGACUUCCUGAUGGGUGGUGUCUCCGCCGCCGUCUCGAAGACCGCCGCUGCCCCCAUUGAGCGUAUCAAGCUCCUCGUCCAGAACCAGGAUGAGAUGAUCAAGGCUGGCCGUCUCGACCGCCGCUACACCGGCAUCAUCGACUGCUUCCGCCGCACCACCGCCGAUGAGGGCGUCCUGGCCCUGUGGCGUGGCAAUACUGCCAACGUCAUCCGUUACUUCCCUACCCAGGCCCUGAACUUUGCUUUCCGCGACAAGUUCAAGAAGAUGUUCGGCUACAAGAAGGACCGCGACGGCUACUGGAAGUGGAUGGCCGGCAACCUGGCCUCUGGUGGCGCUGCUGGUGCCACCUCGCUCCUCUUCGUCUACUCCCUCGACUACGCUCGUACCCGUCUUGCCAACGAUGCCAAGUCGGCCAAGAAGGGCGGUGAGCGCCAGUUCAAUGGUCUGAUCGAUGUCUACCGCAAGACCAUUGCCUCGGACGGUAUCGUCGGUCUGUACCGUGGCUUCGGUCCUUCCGUUGCCGGUAUCAUCGUCUACCGUGGUCUCUACUUCGGCAUGUACGACUCGAUCAAGCCUGUCGUCCUCGUCGGCCCUCUUGCCAACAACUUCCUCGCCUCGUUCCUGCUCGGCUGGUGCGUCACCACCGGUGCCGGUAUCGCCUCGUACCCUCUUGACACGGUCCGUCGUCGCAUGAUGAUGACCUCGGGUGAGGCCGUCAAGUACAAGAGCUCGUUUGAUGCCUUCCAGCAGAUCGUCGCCAAGGAGGGCGUCAAGUCUCUCUUCAAGGGUGCCGGCGCCAACAUUCUCCGUGGUAUUGCUGGCGCUGGUGUGCUGUCGAUCUAUGACCAGCUCCAGAUCCUGCUCUUCGGCAAGGCCUUCAAGGGCGGCUCUGGCUAAAUUGCCUCCGCCACUGUACAACAUCCUCUACAAUGGAGGUGGUCGGGGUGUAAUUGCGGUCGGAGCAGCCGGCUAGCCGAGGGGACGACGUCGGGGCAUGGGGAAAGCGUUGAGCUGGGAGAACGGGGUGGAUCCAUCGUGACAGGCGGCAAAUGCUUCUGGACGUUGGGUAUCGCGGGGUACCAAAACGGGCAUGUCUGGCGUUACUGGGACGCGGAUGGGCCGGUCACCCGCUGUAAUUUAUACUCUUGAGCCAUUCCCGGUGUCUUUCCUUGCUACGGUCGUGCGUGGGGUCGCCUUGCUUCGCGUGGGUGUUUCCUUUUGUUGCAUGCGAUUGAUAGAUCCCUUAGUUCUAGCCAAUUCGACGGGCCAUUUCCUUGA